AAGCGAUGAAAGUAAGUUCAAGCCAGAAAGCAACAGCAUCUGAAAAACGCACCCCUACUCAGGCAUCAGGUGUCACUGAAAAGAAAAGCGUUGAAUCCGAAAAAGAUAGCAAAAAAAGUAAAAAGAAAAAGAAAGAUGAUCGAUUUAAAUUCAAUUACGGCUAUAAAGCUCCUCAAAUUGGACACAGUAGAUGUGCAUUUCCUUGUACUGGCACAUUGAAUAAUGUGCCGAAAAAGAUGGGUUGGCUCUGGACUGCUGAAGAUGUACCAGGAAUGAAGGUGAAAAAUGGGUGGAAACCUGGCGCGAUUUCCAACCAUCUCUUGAAAAUGCUUAAUAAAGCGAAGUUACGAAAAUCUGUCGUCACUGAAGUAAAACAAGUUAAGCGACAAAAGAAACAUACAGAACCCAAACCUCUUAUAAGCGUUGGCAAAACAAACGGUCAAUACCAUAUUGAAAUGCAAGUUUCUGAAAACUACGAACACACACCGCUAAUAUACGACAUUGAAAGUGUGAAUAACAAAGCUAAAUUGAGAAAGAAGGAGAAAUUACAGAAAUAUCUAACAUCCAAUGCCGUCAAAAAGGUGUGGUCGGAUCCAUUUCAUCCACAAAAUUGUGAAAAUAUAUGUCUUAAAACGUUUUACGAAGCGAUAGGAAUGACAGCGCGAGAGACAAUUCCAGAAAAUAUUGAAGAAAAUAGUUGCACCUGUGAAGAUGAAGAGGUAUCUUCUAGUUGCGAUUCUUCAGAAGCCGAUUGGGUGAUCCAUUUUACACCGCCCAUAUCGAAUUAUCUCCGUUCACAAUUAUCUAAUGUUGAAGAAAUUAAAUUAAACCAACAGUUGUAAUGAAUUGCGUUCGGAUUUGCGAAGUAAAUAAAACACAUCAAUAU